AUGUUAAUAUCGCGGCAACCAAAGAUGUCUAUCAAGCUCCUCGCUCGAAACAGGCUCGUUCGCAGCCAGAUUCCGGUGACAGCAUGCUCCCCCGCACGGAGAUGGAGUAGCUCCAUCUCGCAGCGGCCUGGGUCGGACAGUGUCCGCUUUCCGGGCGCGGUCAAUAGCAAGUUCACUACCGAUAUGACCUUCCUCAAAGCCUCGGAUUUACCCGCUAUCCCUACUUAUCGAGUCAUGGAUUCGGAUGGUGAAUUGGUUGAUAAGACAAGACCGGCGCCUGAUGUGACCGAUGAGGAAGUGUUGACAUGGUACAAAAAUAUGUUGUCUGUCAGCGUUAUGGACGUCGUGAUGUUUGAGGCACAACGACAGGGUCGACUGAGUUUCUAUAUGGUUUCCGCCGGCGAAGAAGGUAUUACUGUGGGGUCUGCCGCCGCCUUAACACCAGACGACGUGGUGUUCGCCCAAUACCGCGAAGCUGGAGUAUUUCAGCAACGAGGAUUUACAUUAAAGAACUUCAUGAGCCAACUUUUCGCCAAUUGCAAUGACACCGGACGAGGCCGGAAUAUGCCCGUUCACUAUGGACAAAAUUACCCUCGCAUGCACACCAUCUCUUCACCUCUAGCAACUCAGAUCCCCCAAGCUGCAGGAGCCGCCUACGCGCUAAAAUUGCAAGAUAUGCAAAGCCCAAACAAGGAUCCACGAAUCGUGGCCUGCUACUUCGGCGAAGGUGCCGCAAGCGAAGGCGACUUCCACGCUGCACUUAAUAUUGCUGCAACAAGAUCAUGUCCGGUAGUGUUUCUAUGCCGAAACAACGGCUACGCAAUCUCAACCCCAACACUGGAACAAUACCGUGGUGAUGGAAUCGCCAGCCGAGGCGUAGGAUACGGAAUUGACACAAUCCGUGUAGACGGAAACGAUGUCUUUGCCGUACACGAAGCAAUGAAAGAAGCAAGACGUCGAGCGCUCAGCGACGGAGGACGCCCUGUCCUUAUAGAAGCUAUGAGUUACCGUGUCUCGCACCACAGUACCUCGGAUGACAGUUUCGCAUACCGUGCGCGCGUCGAAGUGGAGGAUUGGAAACGUCGCGAUAAUCCUAUUAUUCGGUUGCGGAAGUGGCUCGAGAACCAGGGGCUUUGGAAUGAGGAUAAAGAGAAGGAAACAAGGGAUCAAAUGCGCAAGGAUGUGCUAAAAGAGUUUGGUGAGGCCGAGCAGGAGAUGAAGCCGCCUCUCAGGGAGGCCUUUAGGGACGUUUACGAGGAGAUCACUGAGGAGCAGCGGGAGCAGAUGUCUGAGUUGAAGAGAAUUCUCGAGACUUAUCCUGAUGAGUAUGAUCUGAGGGCUUAUAAGGAUGGCGCUAAGGGUUUGGAGUGA